AACCCGCCAAACCCGCCGCCAACUCCUUCGCCCGCCUCCCAUCUCCAUCGUCUUCUCCCGCCCCGACGUCGAUUCGCCAUGAACUCGCAGCCCAACGAUGUGUCGCCCGAGGCGAUGCAGGCGCGCAUCCAGCAGGCGCGUCGCGAGGCCGAGACGCUCAAGGACAGGAUCAAGCGAAAGAAGGACGAGCUGGCCGACACCACCCUCCGUGCUGUCGCUCAGCAGGCUCACGAGCCCAUCCCCAAGAACCAGCUCAUGCGGGCGAAGCGGACGUUGAAGGGCCAUCUGGCCAAGAUCUACGCUAUGCACUGGUCUACAGAUCGUCGACACCUUGUCUCGGCCUCGCAGGAUGGAAAGCUCAUCAUCUGGGAUGCCUACACCACUAACAAAGUUCACGCUAUCCCGCUGCGGUCAUCAUGGGUCAUGACGUGCGCCUACGCCCCCAGCGGCAACUUCGUCGCCUGCGGUGGUCUUGAUAAUAUCUGCUCCAUCUACAACCUCAACCAGCAGCGCGACGGGCCGACUAGAGUAGCUAGGGAGCUGUCCGGCCACGCCGGCUACCUGUCCUGCUGCCGUUUCAUCAACGACCGAAGCAUCCUUACCUCGUCCGGUGAUAUGACCUGUAUGAAGUGGGAUAUCGAGACGGGCCAGAAGGUCACCGAGUUCGCCGACCACCUUGGCGACGUCAUGAGCAUCAGCCUCAACCCGACCAACCAGAACACCUUCAUUUCUGGUGCCUGCGACGCCUUCGCCAAGCUGUGGGACAUCCGUGCCGGCAAGGCCGUCCAGACGUUUGCCGGCCACGAGUCCGACAUCAACGCCAUCCAGUUCUUCCCCGAUGGCCACUCUUUCGUCACCGGUUCCGAUGAUGCCACCUGCCGACUGUUUGACAUUCGCGCCGAUCGUGAACUCAACCUCUAUGGAUCUGAAUCCAUUCUCUGCGGCAUCACCUCCGUUGCCACCUCCGUGUCCGGACGUCUGCUCUUUGCCGGUUAUGACGACUUUGAGUGCAAGGUCUGGGAUAUCACACGAGGCGAAAAGGUCGGCUCACUGGUAGGCCACGAAAACCGUGUGAGCUGCUUGGGUGUCAGCAACGACGGCAUCAGCCUGUGCACGGGUUCAUGGGACUCUCUGCUCAAGGUCUGGGCUUAUUAGAGUGCCUACGGCUGAGAUACAGAUGGACUUUUGUCGCAUGUGCCGACUCGAGUCUUAACCCCGCGAACUUUUCAUCACCAUCCGCAUUCAAAACGAUCAUAUUACCCGCCAAUUCGGACACCCGACUACGC